CCGCGCGCGUCGACCGCGCCGCGAUGCGCGUCGCGCGCGCGGACGUCGCGACGACGAGCGAAGACGCCGCGACGACGGCGACGACCUCGAUCGACGCGGCGAAACCGCCCUCGACGGCGACGCGGCGCCGCGAGCUGGACAAAGCCGAGAAGAAGGCGCGGCGAAUGGCCGAGAUCGACGCGUUCUUGCGAGCGCGCGAAGUCGCCGCGGCGCGCGAAGACGCGUCGCGGGAUGACGCGGACGGCGACGCGUCGAACGGCGCGGCUCGACGACGCGAAAACGAAAAGAAAAAGAAACCGACCGCCGCGGCCGACGGCGUCGCCGCCGCGGCCGACGGCGCGCGCGUCUCGCGCGAGUGGUUCGCCGCCUUCGCCGUCGUCGCGUUCUUCGCCGUCGUCGGCGGCGCGUAUUCCUUGUAUUCUUUCGUCGCGCGCGUGGCGUCGCGCGCGUUCGCGUCGUAGCGUCGUCAGGCGUCGCGCGCGUUCGCGUCGUAGCGUUGGCAACGACCAAACGAAAAUCCGCGCCCAUCGGUUCCCGACUCGUCGCGCGUUCCGAGACCGCCGAGAAUCGGCGCGUUCCGAUACCGCCGAGGAUCGAAUCGACGAAAAUCGACGCGGCGCGUCGCCGCGCGAGCGGUCGCGGUCGACGCCGCGCCGCAGUUCGCGACGUGCGCUCGGGGUGGGCGUCUCCGGACAGUCGGCGCGGCCACCUCGCGCGCGACGUCCGAGACGCGCGCGGGCGCAUGUGCCUGAUCACGGACGAACACGGGAACGCGCUUCCGGCGCUCGCGCGGUCGCCGGCGAUGGGAACGUCGUCGAGCCGGGUGAAGGUGCCCUCGCCGCGGCGAGACGCGGCGGCGCGACGGGACGUCGCGAGCGCGCCGGCGUCGCCGCGCCGCGCGCGACGCGCGCCGAAGCGCGAGGACGCGAACGCGCGCGUCGAGUUUCGUCCGCGCGC